AUGAACGACGUCUCUAUGGACCGUACAAAAUGGACAGUUCACGUUGAAGUACGGCUUAAACCACGAGCUGCUGCUCGUUUCGAAACCAUCAGGUCACUAGUCUCUUCAUACAUCGCCUCAUUCGAAAGAAUCGCCAUUCCAUCCACCCUUCAAGGCUGGAACGAUAUCCCAGAACUAUCAUCCUCAGUAGAACGCAUAGUCGCAUGCGAGUCACCAUGUCCCUCCCCUUCCCUGACAUUGGACCAAAUGUCCCUCCAAAUUCACGUCUACCAGCCCUCCCAAAGUGAUUCGUUUGAAGAGUUCUCCAAUAGUACUCCGGACUCGGGGGGAGAUGACGGUGAUACGAUGGCUGCGAGCGUUUGUGAGCUACCUAACAUAGGCUGGGAGGGCUUGUGGGACUCGUUGAUAUACGCCGAUGACAUAAAACUCAAGCUCCUGGAUUACAUACAUGCCACUCUCGUUUUCAGUGAUGCAAACGUGGAUUUCAACCUCAUCUGCUGGAAUCGAGUUGUUCUCCUGCACGGCCCACCGGGCACCGGUAAAACAUCCCUCUGUCGUGCUCUCGCCCAAAAACUAUCGAUUCGGCUGUCACAUCGAUACUCACAUGCACGUCUCCUGGAGAUCAACUCCCAUUCGCUCUUUUCUAGAUGGUUUUCAGAGUCAGGGAAACUUGUUCAGCGUCUCUUUAAUAGCAUCACGGAAUUAGUGGACGACGAGGACGGGUUCGUCGUGGUUUUGAUAGACGAAGUGGAAUCGUUGACAGCUGCUCGAGCUGGCGCCAUGGCCGGGACGGAACCUUCUGACGGGUUGCGCGUUGUCAACGCUCUCCUAACUCAACUGGACAAAUUAAAACAUCGGAAAAACGUACUGAUAAUGUCGACCAGCAAUCUCGUGAAAGCUAUAGACUGUGCAUUCGUCGACCGCGCAGACAUUGUCCAAUAUGUCGACCUUCCAUCUCGCGAGGCGAUAUACGAAAUAUUGCGCACAUGCGUCUGUGAGAUUAUGCAAAAAGGAAUUAUAUCAGUCACGGGCGUUCCGACACUGAAACAAGUCCAGAUGUACGAGCUCUCAAGUAAAACAGAUCAAACUUCGAAAUCGUCUGUGGACGCACAUCAGAGGUCGAAAAAUGUAGGAUUGCGAUUGUUAGCAUUGGCUGCGCAAUGCAGAGCUCAGGGUAUGUCAGGACGUGCACUCCGACGACUACCUGUCAUCGCAAUGGCACGCUUCAUUGGUGUUGGAAACGUCACUUUUUCUUCAUCCACCACGAAGGGACCCAAUACAGAGCCAUCAGCGUCUUUGCAAACGGGGGCAGUACAAGUGGAGCAAUGGUUGGAUGGGAUGGAAGCAAUUGUAAAGGACAAAGCGAAGGAAUUAGACAGGCUGGCUUGA